AUGAGCGGUGAAAGCGAUACCUCUGCAGGCUUUCUGCGCGAUGUCUGGCAAGCCGUUGCCAAACAUCCUCGGGCCGUCAUUGCCACAGCAGUCCUCGGGCUAGUGGUUCUCUUCGUAGCUGACACGUUGCGUACUUGGUACCGACUAUCACAUGUUCCCGGCCCAUUUUGGGCGGGGUUCUCCAAAGCUUGGAUGGUGAGACAAUCCUUCAAGGGGAUUCAACCUUAUGCGAUUCAACAAGCCAAUGAGAAAUAUGGAUCUCUCGUGCGCAUUGGACCAAAUGAGCUGGCUACGGAUGAUCCCAAGCUUCUCAAGCGCAUGAUGUCAAGCCGCUCUGCUUACACGAGAGGACCUUGGUACAAUGCUCUCCGUUUCGAGCCCGGAAAGGAUAACCUCUUCUCAAUGAGAGAUGACGACGCCCAUGCAAAGCUACGCAACAAGAUGGCCGCUGGUUACUCUGGCAAAGAAAACGAGUCUCUUGAGCGCACUAUCGACGAACAUAUCGCCAAGCUCAUCAACCUCCUAGAAGCAAAGUAUCUCUCGACAAAUCAAGACUACCGCCCAGUAGACUUUGCGCAAAAGAUCCAGUUCUUCACUCUGGAUGUCAUCAGCGAUCUUGCAUUUGGUCAAGGAUUUGGCUAUAUCGAGCAAGACGAUGAUGUCUUUGACUUCAUCAAGAUCACAAAGUCUUACUUCCCUGUCACGUUGGUCAUGGCGAACAUCCCAUCGCUCGUGUCGCUGCUACACUCGAAGCUCUUUAGUGGCGCGUUGCCCAAGGAGAGUGACAAACUUGGGUUUGGUGCCUUCAUUGGCGUUGCGAACAAGAAGGUCGCGGAACGGUUUGCGCCAGGUGCCGAGUCGCGUCCAGACAUGCUCGGUUCUUUCAUUCGUCACGGCCUAACUCAAGAAGAAGCUUCCAGAGAAUCCCUUCUCAACGUCGUCGCUGGAAGUGAUACCUCGGCGACUACCAUCCGCCUCAUAAUGCUCAGCCUUCUAAGCAAUCCCAUCAUGUAUCUCAAACUGCAGAAAGAAAUCGACGACGCCAUCAAGGCUGGAAGUAUCUCAUCACCCAUCACUGACGCUGAAGCCAGAAAGCUUCCCUAUCUCCAGGCAGUUAUUCAAGAAGGUCUUCGCAUAAAAGCUCCCGCAGCUGGGCCACUAUUCAAGCAGGUUCCUCCCCAAGGCGAUGAGAUAGAUGGAAAGUUCAUCCCCGGAGGUACACAGAUCGGACAAUCGCCAUUUGCUGUUUAUCACUCCAAGGAGAUCUUUGGUCAAGAUGCAAGUCUCUUUUCGCCUGAGCGAUGGAUCAAUGCGGAUCCCGCGAAAUAUGAAGCUAUGGCUGAGGUUGUCAGUCUUGUGUUCUCGACCGGAAAGUAUCAGUGUCUUGGUAAACCUGUCGCAUUUAUUGAGCUGAAUAAGAUCUUUGUUGAGGGUAGCAUUGGAGUUGAUCAUUAA